GUACCCGCUGGCUACUCGGCCACACACGCAGCCCUCGCUCGUGCCAAAGACGUGGUCCUAGCGUCCAGGACAACCUCCAAGAAAGCCGUUAUCGUCAUCACCGAUGGGAAGUCCAACGUAGGGCCUCCUCCAGUUAGAGCAUCCAUCCAGCUUCGAUCCUUGGUGUGGGACGAAGGUUGGAACUCCACAGCCAGUGGCCCACAGUUGCAGAUCUACGCUUUCGGCAUCAAAGACGCCUACAUGCCGGAAGUCCGUUCGAUCGCAUCCCCGCUGCAAAACCACACAUUCUACAUUCCAACGUUCCAGGCUUUUGCGGAACUUGCUAGGUCUUUGCAUGAUG